CUCAGAGCGUUCUGUCUUCCGUUUCCGGGAGAGAGAGAGAGAGAGAGAGAGAACACCGGCGAUGGCCUACGUGUUGAGGUCGGCGUUGAAGUCGAUCAAGGAGAAGGGUCUCCUCAAUGUGGUGAGGGAGCUCAAGAAUGAAGGAUACUCGAAAUGCCUUCUGGAUGGAAAUCUCCUGCAAACCAAGUUACAUUCAAUAGGUGCAAAGGUUGUUGGCAUUGACCAGUAUGGGAAUAAAUAUUACGAGAGCAUAGAGAAUACACAAUUUGGAAGACAUCGGUGGGUGGAGUAUGCAGAUAAGAGCCGAUAUAAUGCAUCUCAGGUGCCAGCUGAGUGGCAUGGUUGGCUGCACUACAUAACAGACCACACUGGCGAUGAGCUUUUAAUGCUCAAGCCAAAGAGGUACGGUAUGGAACACAGGGAGAACUUCUCUGGGGAAGGUGAGGAGUACAUAUACCAUUCAAAGGGACACACUCUAAAUCCUAGCCAGAGGGACUGGACAAGAUAUCAGCCAUGGCAGCCAGUGAAAGCUUGAGCAUGGUUCUUCUGUUCACCUCUGAAACUCAUUUCAGCCACUUGUGUUUCCUUGGUUACAAGAAUUGCAGUUACAUAUCUAUUUCUGUCUUGUAUUGAAGUUGUGAACCCUAUGGAUUCUAGUCCAAUAAGAAGGGAACCAUUUCCCACAACCAUAACCAUGACAUUUCUACCAUUCUCCAUUUGGACUGGGACUAAAUACUACUCUCUGACACUUUCA